AUCUAUAAUCAUUCAGCCACAUGGCCAGUAGCAAGUUAUAACAUCAUCAUCUCCUUCUUCUUUUCCGCCGUCGAUAAACCGAUUCCCGGAGAUCUCGCCGGCCGUCUGAGAAAUGGGAUUGGGCUUCGUCGUCGGCGUCCUCGGAGUCCUGAUCCUCUCCCACGCAGCCUACUCUACCAUCCAGUAUAGAUCUCUGCUCAAGAUCACCGAGGAGGAGUUCUCCGGCCCACCUAUGAACGUGGUUGUUGAGUUGAUUUUAGGGUUGGGUUUCUGUAUGUGGGCGGCGCUCACUGUUCCUGGCAAAUUUCGAUCGAUAGUCCCGUAUUCCGACGACAACAGGGUAGUCUCUUUACCUGCGAAUAUGGAUUUCAUGAUCUUCAAUCAUCGUGGAAAAGCAUUUCCUUUAGAUGUUGACAUGAAGUUGAAGUAAAAGGAAAUAGAAGAAGAAAAUUGUCUAGUAUUUUGAAAGUUUGAUAUGCUUUUAUACAUAAUCAGAUUAAUGUUUUGUGUUAUUGUAGUUGUUAAAUCACCUACAAGGAGCUAAGUAGGGUGCUUGUGGAUUUUAAUGGACCAGGACAGAAAAAGGACUGGCCCUUUACAUUGUGGUUGUUUGACCAUGAAAUUUUCCUACUUUUUUAUGAAUCUAAUUUAAAUUUUGUUACGAAAGCCGACAUUCACGACAGGUUCGUCUA